AUGAGGAGAGAUCAGAGAAGUCCAAAACAGGAUCCAAUUUUGAGUUCUCAAUAUGUUGUAUGCGAGGAAAGGUACAACUGCCGUUUUGAAGCACUUGAUCGGACGCUCAGGAAUCUUAUGUCAGUUACCGAUCAACAUAAGACACAUAAACCAUUUGGUGGUAAGGUUGUUGUUCUAGGAGGUGAUUUCAGACAGAUACUUCCGGUGAUUCCGAAAGGAAGUAGACACGAUAUAUUAGCAUCCGCUAUUAACUCAUCCCAGUUUUGGUCAUUUUGUAAGGUUCUGAAACUGCAUACGAAUAUGAGGCUUCUAAUGUCUUCUUCGGAUCAAGACGAAGGUGAAAUGAAGAUAUUUACUAAUUGGAUACUUGAUGUUGGAAAUGGAAAUAUUAUCUCUGUUGUUGGUGAUGAAUCAGAAGUUGAAAUUCCAGAUGAUCUAUUGAUUACAACUACUGAUGAUCCUCUCUCUCGUUUGGUAGACUUUGCAUAUCCAAAUUUGUUGCAAAACAUGUCAGAUUACAUGUAUUUUCAGAGUAGAGCAAUUAUUGCACCCACACUUAAGAGUGUCGAGAAGGUAAACGAUUUUGUCUUGACAAUCUUUCCAGGGAUGGAAAAGGAGUAUUUGAGCUCUGACACAACAUAUCAAGCUGAUGAGAAUGAAGAUGUAAAACAAGAGUGGUUCACACCAGAGUUUCUAAAUGACAUCAAAUGUUCGGGACUAUUCAAUCACAAGUUGACUUUGAAGCAGGAGUCGCUGUAA